UAAAGCAAGCGGCGGAGUCCUGCAGCUCAGAGGCGGCACGGGUGGGAGGGAAUCGGAGCUUCCACCGUGCUGGAAGGAGGCGCUGCUGCUGCUGCUAUUUGCUAUUAUUGCUGCUAUUGCCGGGGCAUCAUAAAUACGAGCGUAGUAGUAAGGGGAUCCGCGCGUGCACACAACACGAAGCAGCCCCGCUCCCCCCGCCCCUUGGCUUCCCUUCCCGAGCCGGCGCUUUUGAAAAAGGGGGCGCCGAAAAAAAAAAAUAGGCUUUGACUCUCCAGCCUGGGAAUUCGGAGCUGGAGACGCCGCCGCCGCCGCCCGUGCUGUGGACUUACAAUCUCGUCGCUCCUUCUUCUGCGAGUACCGUUUAAAGAGACGCCGAAGGAACAGACGGUGCAACUGCGCGCUUUGCCUUUCGCCGCCGCCGCCACCCCCCUCGGCGGGGUGGUCUUUUUUUUUGCAAAGAUUUGGGAUUUCCGUAUUAUUAUUUUGCACCGGUUUUGGACUUUCCAGCUCUAGUCUUUUGGGCCGGGAUCUGAAAACAAAAGAACCACCGGCACCCUCCAAGAGCCAUGCCCCUAACAGUCCCGAGCUAUCCCAGCCGGGCGUACGAUUACGACUACGACUCCAUCCAGCCCUAUUUCUACUACGAAGAUGAGGAGGAGAACUUCUACCUCUCUGGCCAUCACCGGGGCUGUGAGCUCCAGCCUCCCGCCCCAUCCGAAGACAUCUGGAAGAAAUUUGAGCUGCUGCCCACGCCGCCCCUCUCGCCCAGCCGCCGAUCCAGCAGCUUCCCUUCCAACGUUGACCACCUGGAGAUGGUGACGGAGCUCCUGGGCAGCGAAGUGGUCAACCAGAGUUUUAUCUGCGAUCCCGACGAUGACGCUUUCGUCAAGUCCAUCAUCAUCCAGGACUGCAUGUGGAGCGGCGGCUCGGCAGCCGCCAAACUCCAGAAGGUGGUCUCCGAAAAACUGGCGUCCUACCAGGCAGCACGCCGGGACGGGGCAGGGACCCCGCUGUCCCUCCGCAGUGGGAACGGCAGCAUCAGUGGCCUCCCCCCGUUGUCCCCCUCGCAGAGCUCUGCCUCUUCUAGCAGCAGCAGCAGCUCCUCGUACCUGCAAGACCUGGGAGCCUCUGCGGCCGAAUGCAUCGACCCCUCCGUGGUCUUCCCUUACCCGUUAGGGGAGAAGACCCCCAAAGCUGUAGAAGCUGCUGCCUCGCCUGACCCGUGCCCAGCUUCCUUGCUCAGCCAAGAUACGCCCCCAACCACCAGCAGUGAUUCAGAAGAGGAAGAGGAAGAAGAACAAGAGGAGGAAGAAGAGAUUGAUGUGGUUACUGUAGAAAAAAGGCAACCUUCAGCCAAGAAAUCCGAGUCCACUGUCCACACAUCUGGGGGGCACAGUAAGCCCCCUCAUAGCCCUCUGGUUCUCAAACGCUGUCACGUCCCAAUCCACCAACACAAUUAUGCCGCCCCUCCUUCCACACGCCACGAAUACAGCUCCACCAAAAGGCUAAAGUUGGACAAUGGCCGCGUUCUGAAACAGAUCAGUAACAACCGCAAAUGUUCGAGUCCCCGCACCUCAGACUCUGAGGAAAACGACAAAAGGCGAACGCACAACGUCCUGGAGCGACAGAGGCGGAAUGAGCUGAAACUGAGUUUCUUUGCGCUGCGUGACCAGAUCCCUGAAGUAGCGAAUAACGAAAAAGCCCCUAAAGUUGUCAUCCUUAAAAAGGCCACCGAAUAUGUCCUCUCCAUCCAGUCCGAAGAGCACAGACUCUUAGCGGAAAAGGAACAUCUGAGGAAGCGACACGAACAACUCAAAAACAAACUUCAACAGUUGAGGAACUCUUGUGUUUAAAAAAAAAAAAAAC